GCUCAGAAUGCUCACUCUCUCCUCUGUGGUUAUCGCGCAAUUCCUACCUUAGAUUGCUAUGAAGCUUCCCAAACGAUAGACUUACUGUCAUGUAAGCUCCAAUUCCCUUAGCCUCCUUGCUGGUUCAAAAAAGGCGGUUUGAAAUGGCGGAUGACGCGAUCCUACCCGAAGCUGGGGACUCAAAGUCAGCUUCCAGUCCCAGUUCGUCCGCCAGGGAAAGACAAGCGGAGCAAGAUAACAACCAUCGGAGCGAAGAAGAAUAUGAUGACGAUGACGACGAAGAAGAGGAGGAGGAGGAGGAGGAGGAUGAGGAGGAGUCAGACGGCGAGGAUGAAGAUGAAGAGCCACGACUUAAAUAUGUCUCCUUCACCAAAAGCAUAGGCCCAGUGUACCGCAAUGGCGAUGCGACAAGCAGCUUUCUCGUUGGUGGGGAUAAAAUGAUUGUUGGCACUCAUAAUGGGAAUAUUCUUGUCUUCGACGCUUCGACCUUCCAGCGCUUUCGAGUGUAUCAUGCCCAUUCAGCCAGCGUGACCUCCGUAUCGAUGUCUCCUUUCCCACCACCUCUGCCUUCCAACACGGGUGGAAAGAACGCACCCCUGGCGGAUUCAUCAAGCCGCGCAUCGGUGGACCUGUCGAAGUCUCCUGGACAAUCGCGACAAACGACAGUACCCCAUUCUCCUUCAAACGCGAUAUACAUAGCCACAUCUUCCAUCGAUGGGAAUGUAUGUGUCUCGUCGCUGUUAGACCCCAAAGAUGUACUCCUUCGGAACUUUGGUCGCCCUGUCCAAGCCGUCGCCCUGUCCCCGGAUUAUAAAAGCGACAAAACUUAUUUAUCCGGAGGACUUGCUGGCGAUUUAGUCCUUACGGUCGGUGGACGUGUUGGAACAAGUUCAAAUUCAACCACGAUGGCCGGUGCUACUGCGAGCCCGUCCGGUUGGUUCGGAGCGUUAGGCUUCGGUGGGAAUAACGGUAAGGACACUGUCCUGCACUCUGGCGAAGGGAGUAUAAGCGCCAUCAAGUGGUCAUUGUCGGGGAAGUAUAUCGUCUGGGUUAAUGAGGAAGGGAUCAAAAUUAUGCGGUCUCACCUACACUUGGAUAACGCCGACUCGGACUUCGCGUGGAAACGGAUGAACCAUGUUGACCGUCCUCGCGGCCCACAGUGGGACGAAAUGGCGGGUGUAUGGAAGCCCAGAGCCGAAUGGAUAGAUGAAGAUACCUACCCGGGUGGGCCAGGUACAGGUGAGGCGCAUACUGGGCAGCUAAAGCUUGACCAUCGAGAAAGAUUGGUGGUGGGCUGGGGAGGAACCAUCUGGGUGAUCAACGUUUUCCCCCCAGGGCGCGAUAAAGAUCCCCGAAAGAAUGUAAUCGGUUCCGCAGAGGUUGUCGCAAUAUUACGCACAGACUGCAUUGUGUCCGGAGUUUCGCUUUAUAACCCCAAUGUGCUGCUUGUCCUAUCAUAUGUUGCAUCCGAAGACGAUGGCAAGUCAAAACGGAAGCAGGUUGGGCCCACUCGUGGCGUUAGACAUCGACAAAACGGCCUCGAGCCAGAGAUAAGGCUCAUUGACGUCGAGACCAAAGAGGAACUUAGCGUCGACACGCUUACCAUGCGCCGCUACGAGAGUCUUUCGGCGUCCGAUUAUCACCUUGGGGCUCUGCCACCGGCCAAAAUUCUCGAUACCCCCAUACGCCGAGGAACGUUUGAAACAAUCGGAACGGGUAUACUGGAUGCUACCCUGUAUCCGACUCGCCUUUUCAGUUCCGCAAGUAGUGUUCGGAGCGUGACAAGUAGUGGGGAUAGAAGAUCGAGCCUGAAGCCGUCAAGCUUGGCCGAUGCUCCGGUUGCCGAUCACGAUAGUAAAGAACUUGCGAUCCUGGCUAGCGAAGGAAUCAAAAUUUUCAUUCACAGCCCAUACGACUGUGUGGUUGCCGUGAAAAGAGAUGUUAAAGACCGUCUUUCCUGGUUGAAGGAUCAUGAGAAAUAUGAAGAAGCCUGGGAACUUCUUCAGCAACAUCCAGAAGCCGUAGCUCAAGAUAUUGACGAAGGUGAAAGCCCCUUGAGUACUCCCAAACAACGUCGAGGGAGCGUUAUUGGGCUAUUUUCAGAGCCAGUCGACCGAGCAGACAACAUAAAGCUGGAGAAAGAGCGACAAAAUGUUGGUGAGUCGUGGCUGGAGCAGCUUAUUAGCAACAACAACUGGGAGAAAGCUGGCGAGGUGUGUGGUAAGGUGCUCACCACAACGCCAAAAUGGGAGCACUGGAUCUGGAUAUUCGCGAAAAACAACAAGUUUGACGAGAUUGUAUCUCAUGUUCCCCUCGAUAUUCACCCUCCAUUGCCUGGCCUAGUUUACGAAGUGAUCCUUGGGCAUUACGUCUCACGAAAUCAUAUGAAAUUCAAGGAGUUGCUUGACCUCUGGCCGCCCAACCUUUUUGACAUUGAUAGCGUCAUAGCUGCCAUCAAUGAACAGAUAAAGUCUUCAAUUGCAGCGGAGGAAGCAGAUGAGAGCCGCCUUUUAACAGAAUGCCUUGCACAGCUGUUCUUGGCCGGAGGACACUAUCGUGAAGCAUUACGAUGCUAUAUUCGACUUCAGGACGCAGAAACUGCCAUGUCUCUUAUACGAGAGCACCAUUUGCUUGAUGCAGUCGCAGACGAUGUGCCGGGUCUUAUUCUCAUUCGAGUGUCAAAGGAUCAAAUUAAAAGUGCAUCCAUUUCCGAGCUCGAAGCAGCCACAUCUGAACCUAUCAAACUCCUCGUACGCGAGGCGGUUAAUGGAAUUGUACAUCCAGCCACCGUUAUCUCCCAGCUCCAAGCGGCAGAUUUGCAUCUUUUCCUGUACUUUUAUGUUCGCGCCCUUUGGAAGGGGGAUUUUCUCUCAACGACCACCGAUAAGGGGACAACCCCAAUACGAGGGCAUCAUCGAACAAGCGCUGCGGAUAAGCUUGUCGCUGAUGAAGGGAGGCUAUUGAUCGAUGCCUUUGCGGAUACGGUGGUCGAGCUAUUCGCAGACUAUGAUCGGCCCUUACUUAUGGACUUUUUGCAGUCCAACACGUCAUAUUCGUACAAUGCAGCGUGCGCAACUUGUGAGCUUCGUCACUUCACCCCGGAACUUAUCUACCUCUUCUCCAAAACCGGUCAGACCAAACGAGCCCUUCACUUGAUUCUAUCAGACUUAAGAGACGUCUCGCAUGCUAUAUCCUUUGCCAAAUCCCAAGAUGACCCCGAUCUCUGGGAAGACCUUCUUUCGUAUUCCAUGGAUAAACCAGAAUAUAUUCGAUGUUUGCUUGUUGAAGCAGGAACAGCAAUCGAUCCGAUCACGUUGGUGAAGCGAAUCCCGAGUGGAUUGGAGAUCCAAGGAUUGAGAGAGGGUCUGACAAGGAUGAUUCGCGAACAUGAUAUCCAAGCUAGCAUCAGUCAAGGCGUUGCCAAAGUCCUUGCGGGUGAAGUUUCGAUGCGAAUGGACACCCUUCGGAAGGGACAACGGCGAGGCAUCAAAUUUGACAUCGUACCCAACGAAGAAGCCAAACCUACGAGUGCAGUGUCGCAACAUAAUGAGCCAAAAGAAGAACUAGAUGCAAAAGGAAACGUGGAAUCAUCGGAGAAGAAACAAACCUUUGAGCCAGGCCGCUGCGCUGGCUGUCAUUCCAAAUUCAUAGAACAAGAAAAAGAGCCGCUGGUCGGCUUCGCUUGUGGACAUGUCUAUCAUCUGUCUCAUCUCCACCUGACUCCACGGGGCCAUUCAUCUGGCGAAGGAAAUUCGCAGUUGGAACCCCCACAAUCAACGCUGUACGAAGACUCGUCACCUCUUUUGUCGCGUACUGUUGGUCUCAAAGUCACAAAUGCUAGACUGUUACGUGAGAAAAUCGGCGAUGGAUGUCAGAUCUGUGCGUCGAAAAGGGUGACCCAAGGCCAGUAA